UGAAUAAGAUGAUUUUUAAUGUUCCGAGUGAAGUGAAGAGAAGAAAGAAGAAAAAUCUGCUAUUCAAUUAUUUACUGAUUUGCAGGGAAAAUGUAAAUGGAAUAUUCCGUCAAAAUUUUUCAUUAUAAUUGAAUAAAGUACUUAAUAUUUUUUACCAUGUUUUUUGAAACAACGAAUAGCAAUACUAAUCAAAUGUCAGAUGAGGAGCUUGAUGAAGCAGUAACGAGUCACCUGAAGAAAUUGGACACUUUGGAAAUCAUGGAGAAAUUGCUUGGACAAGUGAAAAACUUGAAUCUUCCAGAAUCUUCACCAUCCAACGAGCCUGUUUUCAGUGAGUCUGUUACUUCAGGUGAUUGGGCCGACGCUUCCAACUCCAGGCACAUCAACUCUCGAAUUUUUACCCGAGAAAUGUUGAAUCUGUCCUCAAUAUUCACGAUUCCCGAGGGAAAAUCUAAGAAUGUUUACAGAAUAUCGAAUCCCGUUCCCUUACAAACAACUAAAUUCUCAAUUCCGUUGAACGAGAAAAACCCAGGGCCUGAGAAUGAAGAGAAAAAGCACAAUUUUUUGAUUAGCAUGCGAAAUUUUCUCGUGAAUUAUCAAGAGAGUCAAGGAAUUUCCAGAGAUGAGUAUUGCUUUACUUCACUGCUGAAGAUUUUGGGCCAAGCUACAGGAAAAUCCCUCUUAACAUUAUUCUUUAUGCUUGUCAACAUUGCUCCUAUGACAAAAAUUAUUCUCUUCAUUUCGAGAUUUAUUCUCGACAAAACUGUAGAUAUUGUUUUCCUACAAGAUACCAAGCAAAAAGCCACUAGAUCUGCUAUUUUUGGACUUCAACUGAUCUCAAUCUACAUCUGCCUCUUGUUUAUCUUCGGGUUCAUUUGGCUCCCAUUUCUGCAAAUGAUUUUUGGCAUCAUUUCUCAAAUAUUGUUUUUCCAAUAAUUAAUAACAACAAUAAAUCUAUCGUCUACACAA